CAAAUUUCCUUAGGGUUUGUAUCUCAGCAUCUCAUCUGUUUAAAGGAUGGGAGUCAUGGGACCUAUGAAAAAAAACAAAACAAAACCGAGGAGGCAUGACUCUGUUGACUGCAAACAAUAAGAUCUUUUGUCUUCUCAGACUGUCACAGAAAAAUUUAAUUCUCUUCGCAUGUCACAAAGGUGCUGUGGUUACAGACAAGCAUGAUGAUGAAGACGAGUAGGAUAUUCCAGAAUAUAUCAUCUUCAUUUACAAAAUCAAAACACAAGAGAAAAGCUCACCACACUUUAACGUGAAUGAGAACCGAGAAUAAAAUAACUGAAACAGAGGAGUAGCUUGAUAUAUGGUCACCUCAAUCAAUAAAAUUCUUAUGAUGCUCCUCAUUUUGUAAGUUUCUUACAAAAUAUAUAAAACCUCUGCUACUUUGUUAAUUUAUGUUGUGUUAAAUUGUUCUGAACAUGACAACAAGCAAACACCACUGUCACUUACAUACAGCUGUGAAUGUAGACCCGCCCACUUAUCCAAAUCGCUGUGCACUGACACAUAAGUUGACCAAUAGAAACAAUGAUUGGCAACUUGUGCAAACAACUAUCCAAUAGGAUCGCACGUAAGGCGGAGCCUGAAGAUCAUACUUGGUUGAAUGGCAAUACAAAGACAAGAAGCACCAAAACGGAUGAUAACGCUUAAUCAAUCCUCUGUCCUUCGGUCUUGAGAAUCUGUAGGGAAAGGACGUGCAGCUCGUCCGGCACAGUCAAUACGCAGCUCUUUUCGAGCAGGGCGGAUUCGACGCUCAUGUGGCGUGACAAUUCAUCUCUCAUCUAGACGCCAGCGCUGAUGAUGUUGCUGCUACUGCACCAGGAGCUUUGGAGAUACCUAUCUGCACAGCACGGAUGAAGACUCCUUCGCUAAAGGACACUUGUGAGGUCAUCUUGGGGUGACGCAACUUACCAUGCAGGAGCGUUGGAAAGCUCAGUUUUUCACUGCAAUCGUGAUCAUGUAAUCAUCUAGUGGGCUGCGACCACAUAUUCACAGGUGUACAGCUUGUGUGGAUCAAUGCAUCAAUGCGCACGCACCAUGGAGUCGUACUCUGCACGGUCAUCUCUCACCAAACCACACUUUUGCGGACACUAUUUGCUCCUGUCAUGAAAACGUGGAGAUCAAGCGUGAUGGGCGUAGGGUCAGUUCUCAUUGAUUUGGACUAAACAACGCGGUUUUAAGAAGUGUACGAAUUAUACAGUGACUUCGGCUAUUUUAAACUUUUUUUUCUUUAGAAAGAAAUCUGCUAAAUUAUUCAAUGUAAAUUUAGUUGGGGGCACAAUCUUUCGAGGUUCAUCUCGUGCUAACGCAAAUUGUCAUUUGGCGCCACUAGCACAGUUAUCGAAAUGUCAGUUAUCCGAAAGACUUUUUAAACUAAACACUGAAGUUGUGACACAUUUGUGAUAUGUAAAUGUAUAUUAAAGUGAUACAUAAUAGUUCUUGUCAUGCUUUAUGGACGUAUCGUCCGAAACUGAUCGCAAUGGAAAGCUCGCGAGCAGCGUACUGUUGUUAUGGUUACCUCAUCUAGCGAACGCGACUUCUGUUUGUUAGCGUCUACUCGGCGACAGGUGAAAAUACGCUCUCCGACUAACUUAUCUAACUUUUAUUAGUGCUGAAACUUUGAAACCUAUAUAUAGGCCCACUUACAUAUACUGUAUACUUGUGGGCUUUCAUUACGUUCACUAUCUUUUGUUUUUAUUUCCGCAGAAGGGGUUAGAGAAUCGUAAUUUGUACCCAGAGGUGGUUUGUGUUUAUGAAUUGAAAUGUGGCGCACAAUUACUCCCUCUGCUGUUUACGUCCUCUAAUGCUCUAGCCAACUGAGGAUGUGUCCCAAAUGACUACUUUGUAUAGCCUAUUUAAUUAAAGUCCUCUAUGUAUUUAUAAUGAUGUAAAAUUGAUUAGCAAAAUGCGUUUCUCUUUCUCAGAGAGUUUGACUUCAAUCAUUUUACUCAAUUCACAUUGGUCUUAUACUUUAUAAAAUCAGUAAGCAAAAUGCUACAAUGAAAAACACUUCAGGACCACUUUUACUUUCUUACUUUUUAACGAGAUCAACGUGUAGAUCUCACAGGUAACUUUAAUUUCCUUUUCUUGUUUUAAAUCACCAGCUGACUGCAACGUUGUGUCUUGAAUUGGCACUAAUAUAACAUUUCCCUAAAAUAAUGAGCCCCUCUUUAGUGUAAAAACGAUUUAUUUUGGAUCAUAUACAUGAUUUGACGUUUAUAUUUGUACAGUGUACGAAUAAUUCAUUGACUUUCAGUGGAGUCAAAUUUUGGAAAAAAAAAUCUGUCAUUGAACUGUUUCUGUUCGUAUAGCGCCUGACAUUAUAGGCUAUAUUCGUGGCGUGUAAAUCAAUAAUAAUUUGAUAAAUAAUGAUAGUAGUUAUGCAUCGUUGGAUAAAAACGGCUAUUAAGCAGCUGUUGCUAUGGUCACCUCCUCAAGCAAAGGCGAUUUCCGUUCGCGAGCGUAGGUUUUUAUAGGACUAACUUUCGUGGCUACUGAAACGUUAUUUGAAAACAUUGCUGAAACGUAUGUUACAACGAAACAAACUUUGCAAGACCCCCUGACCUUUUCUUUGAACUAAAAUAAUUAGGGAGUCAAAUCCCCAUGUUUCGCAACCUGUAGUCAUAAACUGCAUGUUGUAGUCGAGAUCAUGUCCAGAUCUAACAGCGUGAGCCCACCCGGCGCUGGCGCUCCUGUAUUGAGGGGAGGGACGGAGCACAGAUCCGCUUGGGGCGAGUCUGAGUCCGUGGCGAACGGAUGUCCAUACUCGGCCAGAUCCUCCUGCAAAAAGCUCAUACGGUCCAACAGUCGGUGGAGAGAGGACGAUGACUUCGAGCGACAACCGGGCCGAGCCACGACCACCGUCAGCCGGGUUAGUUUCAGAUCCAAGUCUGCUUGGCAAGAACACGGAGAGGAGAGUCGCAACAAUAACCGAUCGUCCCCGAGGUACCGAGAUGGAGAAGUGAGACCCAAGUCCGUGGAGUUGGGUUUGGAGGACAGGAGAACCAAGUCCAAGCCAGAGGAGGAGCUCAUGCCUGAAGUUAACUUUUCCAUGAGCGAGUGCUGCAACAGCGUGAUGCAUAUUUUCAAAUCCAAGAAGUUCCAGUCGGAGAAGUUGGAGAGGCUUUACCAGCGCUACUUCUUCCGACUCAACCAGAGCAGUUUGACGAUGCUCAUGGCCGUUCUUGUGCUGGUGUGCGCGGUGAUGCUGGGGUUCCACUGCGCUGGAGGAGAGGAGUGGAGGUACACUUACGUGGUUGUUUUCUCCACGGCAAUCGUACUCAUCCUCACGCUGAUUGUCGUGUGCAACAGGAACGGCUUCCAUCAGGAUCACAUGUGGAUAGUUUGCUAUGUGCUCAUUUUGCUGGUGCUGGCUGUACAUGUGAUCGGUGUGUGGCUGGUGAAGCCGCGGAGCGCGUCUGAAGGCAUCUGGUGGACCAUGUUUUUCAUCUAUGUCAUUUACACACUUCUGCCGGUGCGGAUGAGAGCAGCGGUCAUCACUGGAAUUAUACUGUCUGCCAUACAUGUGGUGGUCUCGUGGAAGUUAAACGAAAGGGACGUCUUUUUGUGGAAACAGCUCGUGUCCAAUGUCCUGAUCUUCUCCUGCACUAAUAUAGUUGGUGUAUGCACACACUACCCAGCAGAAGGCUCACAGAGACAAGCCUUCCAGGAGACCAGAGAAUGUAUUCAAGCUCGUCUGCACUCUCAAAGAGAAAACCAGCAACAGGAACGCCUCCUCCUCUCUGUGCUUCCUCGACAUGUCGCCAUGGAGAUGAAAGCUGACAUAAAUGCCAAACAAGAGGAUAUGAUGUUCCACAAGAUCUAUAUUCAAAAGCAUGACAAUGUGAGUAUCCUCUUUGCCGACAUUGAGGGCUUCACCAGUCUGGCUUCCCAAUGUACUGCCCAGGAGUUAGUGAUGACCCUCAACGAGCUCUUCGCACGAUUCGACAAACUAGCUGCCGAGAAUCACUGUCUGCGGAUUAAGAUCCUAGGCGACUGCUACUAUUGCGUGUCGGGGCUGCCCGAGGCUCGUGCUGACCAUGCGCACUGCUGCGUGGAGAUGGGUGUGGACAUGAUCGAAGCAAUCUCGUUGGUGAGGGAAGUCACUGGCGUCAACGUCAAUAUGCGUGUGGGUAUACACAGCGGGCGUGUCCACUGCGGGGUGCUGGGAUUAAGAAAGUGGCAGUUUGAUGUCUGGUCCAACGAUGUCACCUUGGCCAAUCACAUGGAAGCUGGGGGCAAAGCAGGGCGUAUCCAUAUCACUAAGGCCACUCUGAAUUACCUGAAUGGGGAUUAUGAUGUGGAACCUGGAUUUGGUGGAGAAAGAAACGUCUAUCUCAAGAAGCACAACAUUGAAACCUACCUCAUUGUGGGCUGCAGUCAGAAGCGGAAAGAAGAAAAGGCCAUGAUUGCUAAGAUGAACCGGCAACGCACCAACUCGGUCACUCAUAAUAGCACUCACUGGACUGACCGGCCCUUCUACAAUCACCUGGGUAGCAAUCAGGUUUCCAAGGAGAUGAAGAGGAUGGGAUUUGAGGAUCCCAAAGACAAACAUUUCAUUUUCAGAAACACGCAAGAAAACCUGAAUCCAGAGGAUGAGGUGGACGAGUUUCUGGGCCGCGCCAUUGAUGCUCGGAGCAUCGACCGGUUACGGUCCGAACACGUCAAGAAAUUUCUGCUGACAUUCCGAGAACCUGACCUGGAGAAGAAGUACUCCAAACAGGUAGACGCCAGGUUUGGAGCGUACGUAGCCUGCGCCUCCCUCGUCUUUUUAUUCAUCUGCUUCAUUCAGAUCGUCAUUGUGCCACACUCCGGGCUGAUGGUUGGCUUCUAUAUUCUGUGCCUGGUCCUCCUGAUGGCUGUCAUGUUCAUCUCAGCCAUUUACUCCUGUUUUGGGUUUUUCCCUGUGCCUCUGCAAACUCUGUCAAAAAGGAUUGUUCAGUCCAGACUCAACAGCACCCUGGUGGGAGUUUUUACAAUCGUCCUGGUCUUUCUCUCCGCUUUCAUUAACAUUUUCACCUGCAGUACAGAUGACCUGAGGAUGUGUUUAGGGCAGGAGUUUAACAUCAGCCCCAGAGAUGUAAACGCUUGUCAUGUCCUCAACUCUUCCUUCAACUACUCUCUCUGGUCUCAGGACAGCUUCUGCAACAGCUCGUCACCCACCUGCAAUUUCCCAGAGUACUUCUCUUCAUGUGUGCUGCUCAGUUUACUGGCCUGCUCAGUGUUCCUACAGGUCAGCAGUAUUGGUAAACUCUUCCUCAUGCUCUUCAUCGAGAUCCUGUAUGUGCUCAUCAUGGAGGUGCCUGAGGUCAGCCUUUUUGACAAUGUGGACCUGCUGGUCAUGGCCAAUGCCUUAGAGUAUAAUGGAACAAGCUGUGCGACAGACAUGCGGGUUCCUCUAAAGAUCAUGACUCCAGUAGUCAUCACGGUCUUUGUGCUAGCUCUCUACCUUCAUGCACAGCAGGUGGAGUCCACUGCCAGACUGGACUUUCUCUGGAAGUUACAGGCUACAGAGGAGAAGGAGGAGAUGGAGGAACUUCAGGCCUACAACCGUCGGCUUCUCCACAACAUCUUGCCCAAAGAUGUGGCUGCACACUUUCUGGCUCGCGAGCGGCGGAACGACGAACUGUAUUAUCAGUCGUGCGAAUGUGUGGCUGUCAUGUUUGCCUCCAUCAGCAACUUCUCUGAGUUCUAUGUGGAACUGGAGGCCAAUAAUGAAGGUGUCGAGUGCUUGAGACUUCUCAACGAGAUCAUCGCUGACUUUGAUGAGAUCAUUAGUGAGGAUCAGUUUCGUCAACUAGAAAAGAUCAAAACCAUUGGCAGCACCUACAUGGCUGCGUCUGGGCUUAAUGACUCCACUUAUGAUAAAGUAGGAAGGUCGCACAUUCGCGCUCUAGCAGACUACGCCAUGCGCCUCAUGGACCAGAUGAAGUACAUCAAUGAGCACUCUUUUAAUAACUUCAAAAUGAAGAUCGGUCUCAACAUGGGUCCCGUCGUGGCUGGUGUCAUAGGGGCUCGUAAACCGCAAUAUGACAUAUGGGGGAAUACUGUGAAUGUAGCCAGCCGUAUGGACAGCACUGGGGUACCUGAGAGAAUACAGGUCACAACUGACCUCUACCAGGUUCUCAGCUCAUAUAACUACACACUGGAGUGCAGAGGCGUUGUGAAGGUGAAGGGCAAAGGAGAAAUGACGACCUACUUCCUAAACGGAGGACCCAACAGCAGUUAACACUCAGCGUUUGAUAGCCAGAACAUUUUUGAGAUGAUAUGUCGAGGAGACACUAUGGUCCGGGCCAGCCAGGCUGUUGACGGGCAUCCUCCUGGACCAUUCACAAUAGGAUGCAUUUGGAAACCCAGUCUAAGAGUGGCCUCUUUGCACACUGAGACUUCCUAUAGGAUUAACAGAGGGCUUUGCUCCCUUUAUUUAAGGUAUGGAACAGCUCAGAAAGACGUUCAACCUCAGAGACCAAAGAAACAAAGGAAUCUCAAGGCAUACAAAGCAGUUCUCCCUGUCUUAUAUUUCUUAUAUUGCCAAGAGAGGACAGAUGCACUGCAUUCUCUGCACCUGGCUUUGGCUCUCUCAGGUGUGGCAGGACUGCGAUCUUACUCCACCAACUGGUCCUGGUGGCUCCAAAACAAAACUGCAUGAAAACACUGAAGCCAAUAUACUUGUAAAACACAUGUUUUAUGUGUAUAUGAUUCGUCAGUGUAUGUAAAGAGUUCUGUUCAUACGGUCCUGUUGCGUUCUACACUGUCUAGGUGAUAUCGCAAUAGAUAGAGAUAUCACAAUGAGCUAAUAUAUGGUAGAAGGCCAUAGUGAGCACAGCAGCUUUACAAACCCCGAACUUUGCUGCAGCGACUGUGGUUGUUACUGGUAAGGGAGCUAGUGUUGACAGUGUUAUCUCUGAGCGAUCUACAGUUGAGAAUGAAGCCCCGUUCUCGCCGCCAGCAACUUAAAACGACCCGAAGUCAUACAUUUUCAUAGCCGGGUUGUGGCCAGGUCCAACGGUGCAACAAACGUUUAGCUAGAGCGAUUUGUCUUCAUUUAACAACUGUAGUUGAGAAUCCGCUUGUAGUCAGCAACUUUGUGUCUCUUACCAUGUGCAGGGACAGUAUUAAAUACUGAUGCGUACUAUAUGACAAUUAAGUGUGUGUGGACCCAAAUAGCCUGUCGUUUGUGCUUUUGGUACAGAUAAAUGGCAUUCCACAAUGACAAAGAGGACAUACUGAUUCUCGUUCUUCUUUAAUAUGAUGCAUACUUAUAUACGUUUUUCCUUCCAAAAUGAUCAUUUUAGCAGCAUAGACUGAUUUGAUGUCAACAAGGGAUGAGACGGAACAAAAAAGCUACCAGUGUGGCUGAUGGCGACAUGUAAUGAGAAAGUUUCCGGUGGCAUGAACGUGGCUUGAGACUUCAACUUUGUGUUCCAAACAAAUUUACAUUCACAAAACUGCACACUAUUAAAGAUAGAGGAAAAUGGCCAAAUGUGGCUGUUUUUGUAUUUUUAACAUUUUAUAUUUUGACUCCAAAAGCCAAACUGUCAAAGCUAUUUUAGAUUAUAUAUUUUGUACAUUAAUAUAUUAAAAUAAUGUCUAUAAACACCAAUGUGUAUUUAGAUAUUUAAACAUAUAUAUGCUAAAGUCCUGCACAUUUGAACAGGAGGGGAUACACAAAUUAUCAGUCACCCUUUUUUGUCACCGUAUCCAUUUAAAUAAAAUCAGUAGCUAACCUUGUAACCAAGUAAGGAGAAUAUGUUUGGCUUUUCUCCAAAAAGGGUUUCUGUAUCCUGUCAAGUACACUACAAUGUAAUUAUGAGUAGAAAAUGGAUUUGUAGGAUGCGAAAUGGCAAGUGAGUGUUUCAGAACAGCCACAGUCGUUUAAAGCUUGGCAAACACAUCUGCAAAUAUUGAUUUUAGCCUUGGGUUUAUGGUGCGUGGGACAACGAGAUCCUCUAGGGAUGUUUCCGUUAUGCCACAAAUAUUCACCGUUUGCACUGCAGUUCGACCAGCAUUCUCUUCCCCUCAGUUCAGUGUGAUGGUACGACCCAAUGAAUGUCCAUUUUCUCCAAUGAGGCCUUUGUAUGUGAAGACUUUGAGUUUGUACACAAACAUAUAGGGUACUCCAUAAAAUGUUUUUUUUUUUUUCUUCUUCUUCUUUUUUGCUUUACCUGUUUCAGAUCUUCAGUCCAUUCAGAGAAGAUUAUGAUAUGUUUUGGGAAAAUCUGCAUUUCCUUGAAAGUGUUAUGAAACGGUAAACUAUAUUUGGUCCUGUUCUAGUUUUUCAAAACUUGGACUCAGCUGGGCUUCCAGAGUCACUUCAGUCUUUAUUUCCCCACAAGAAAAUCAGUGCCAUUUUCUUGCCAGCAAAUUUAAAAUAAAAUAUCUGGUUGAAUGUUUUUGUAUUUAAUGUCAUCAUGAUAUUUAAUGUCAGUAUGGCCUUUAAAUGACAAUGCAGGUGCCAUAUGAAUUUCUAAGUUAAAGGUAAAGUGUGUAAUUUCUGCGCAAUUAGCGCACCAAACAAGGUUGGCUAAACAAUAUAUGUUAGCCCUGCCAAAAACUCACGCAUUGGUUGAGCCAGUGUUGCUGUGUCGGGCUGGUCGGGAUUCUCACUGCGUUUUGACAACGCAAUAGAAGACCGUUUUACUCGUAUCACAGGAUUUAACUUAAGAAUGGCUUACUUGUAGGUAUUAUCUUUACAUAUUGGGAGGAGAGAGUAUUUUAACAUAAAAUUACAAUCUUCAGCUUUAAUUCGCUUGUGUUUACCAUCCAAAUGAAAGCACUGAGGUAAGAGAUGUCAAGUAAAUACCACACUUCUGUCCUGCUGAGUACUGGCAUUUACUAUUCCAGUGGAUCUUCAUCUUGGGUUGUCUUUGCUUAUAUGCCAUGUCAAAACUCAAUGCUAUUUUUUUUUUUUUUUUUUUUACAUCCAAUUAAACUAUUAUAAUAUUAAACUCAUUCUGAAACCA